CAUGAACAAUUUUCUAAACCCUAGCGCUGCAGAGUCUGUGUUUUUGAGAUCUUAGAAUUUCUAUUUGGCGUUUAUUCUGAUACCAUUGUAUAAAGGCAGUAAUGGCUGGAAAAGGUGAGGGUCCGGCGAUCGGAAUCGAUCUCGGCACGACCUACUCGUGCGUGGGAGUGUGGCAACAUGAUCGUGUUGAGAUCAUUGCGAACGAUCAAGGAAACAGGACGACGCCGUCUUAUGUUGCGUUCACUGAUACCGAGAGGUUGGUCGGUGAUGCAGCUAAGAACCAGGUCGCCAUGAACCCCAUUAACACCGUCUUUGACGCAAAGAGGUUGAUUGGUAGAAGAUUCAGUGAUGCGACUGUCCAGAGUGACAUCAAGUUGUGGCCAUUCAAGGUUGUUGCUGGACCGGGUGACAAGCCCAUGAUUGUAGUUAACUACAAGGGCGAGGAGAAGCAGUUUGCUGCAGAGGAAAUUUCUUCCAUGGUUCUCAUGAAGAUGCGUGAGAUUGCUGAGGCCUACUUGGGUUCUGCUGUGAAAAAUGCUGUGGUCACUGUCCCUGCCUAUUUCAAUGAUUCUCAGCGUCAAGCUACCAAGGAUGCUGGUGUCAUUGCUGGUCUCAAUGUGAUGCGUAUCAUCAAUGAGCCCACUGCUGCUGCCAUUGCCUAUGGUCUUGACAAGAAGGCCACCAGUGUUGGUGAGAAGAAUGUCUUGAUCUUUGAUCUUGGCGGGGGUACUUUUGAUGUCUCUCUUCUCACCAUUGAGGAGGGUAUCUUUGAAGUGAAAGCUACAGCAGGAGACACCCACCUUGGAGGUGAAGAUUUUGAUAACAGAAUGGUCAACCACUUUGUUCAGGAGUUCAAGAGGAAGCACAAGAAGGACAUUAGUGGCAACCCCAGGGCUCUCAGGAGAUUGAGAACUGCAUGCGAGAGAGCUAAGAGGACCCUCUCAUCCACUGCCCAGACCACCAUUGAAAUUGAUUCUUUGUAUGAAGGCGUUGAUUUCUACACCACCAUUACCCGUGCCAGAUUCGAGGAGCUUAACAUGGACCUCUUCAGGAAAUGUAUGGAGCCCGUUGAGAAGUGUCUAAGGGAUGCAAAAAUGGACAAGAGCAGUGUUCAUGACGUUGUCCUAGUCGGUGGGUCUACCAGAAUUCCCAAAGUCCAGCAGCUUUUACAGGACUUCUUCAAUGGGAAGGAACUUUGCAAGAGCAUCAACCCUGAUGAGGCUGUUGCCUAUGGUGCUGCCGUCCAAGCUGCCAUUUUGAGUGGUGAGGGCAAUGAUAAGGUUCAGGACCUUCUGCUGCUGGAUGUUACCCCUCUCUCCCUUGGGUUGGAAACUGCUGGCGGUGUCAUGACUGUGCUGAUUCCCAGGAACACUACCAUUCCCACAAAGAAAGAGCAAGUCUUCUCCACUUUCUCUGACAACCAGCCCGGUGUAUUGAUCCAAGUGUAUGAAGGAGAGAGAACGAGGACCAGAGACAACAACUUGCUUGGUAAGUUUGAGCUCUCUGGCAUUCCUCCAGCUCCCAGGGGUGUUCCUCAGAUCACAGUCUGCUUUGAUAUUGAUGCCAAUGGUAUCCUGAAUGUAUCUGCUGAGGACAAAACCACUGGUCAGAAGAACAAGAUCACUAUUACCAAUGACAAGGGAAGACUGUCGAAGGAGGAGAUUGAGAAGAUGGUACAAGAGGCUGAGAAGUAUAAGUCAGAGGAUGAAGAGCACAGGAAGAAGGUGGAGGCUAAAAAUGCUUUGGAAAAUUAUGCUUACAACAUGAGGAACACAGUGAAGGAUGAGAAGAUUGGAACCAAGCUCCCCCCAGCUGAUAAGAAGAAGAUUGAGGAUGCCAUUGAGCAAGCCAUCCAGUGGCUGGAUAACAACCAGCUGGCGGAGGCGGAUGAAUUUGAGGACAAGAUGAAGGAGCUGGAAAGCAUCUGCAACCCCAUCAUAGCAAAGAUGUACCAGGGUGCUGGAGGACCUGACAUGGGCGGGGGAAUGGAUGAAGAUGGUCCCUCAGCUGGCGGAAGUGGUGCUGGUCCCAAGAUUGAGGAAGUGGAUUAAACUUUUGGAUUGUGGCCCCCUUUUUUUUCUCUUUUGAUUUAUUUUUAAAUUUCAAGCUUAUAGUGUCAUUUUUGGCUAUGAAGUUAUUACAAAUUUCUUUAAUAGCCAGACCAAAGCGUGUCAUGUUCUCAGUAGUGUCCUCUCCAACACAUUGUAAUGUAAUAUGGAUUUGACGCUCUUUUUUAAGCCUUCUUCUGACCC